AUGAUGAGACGGGAUCCAGUGUUUGUGAGGAAGAAGCAAUCAUCAGUCCCAUCAUUGGUUGAUCUUUGUGUUCAGAAAGCUAUAGAUAAUGUAAGAUACCUUGGAAAUGUUGGUCCUGUUGAUCAUCAUCUGCUUGAGCAAAUUUUGCCGCAUUGCACGCUUGACCAGUUGAUGCAUAUCGAGAAGGCCAGCGAAGGGGAUUUGAGCCCUGUAACUGAUAAGUUGUGGAAAAAGUUCUUCGAGAAGCAGUUUGGUUCAAAUUGCACACAAGAAGUAAUUAAGAGAAUGGCAGCUAAAAGAGUGUCAUUCAGAUGGUUGCAGUUGUACGAGGCUAAAGUAAAGGAAAUGGCCGAGGCUGAGAAUGAAGCACUUGAUCGAAUCAGGCAACGCUACAAGAAAGAAGAUGCAAGAAAGCAGAGUAGGCAAGUAAAGAUAUGCGCCAAAGUUCCACCUUCAAGUAAAAGAAGAUUUUGGGGAGAUAAUGGACCUGGAUACAAUGUGUCAAAUGUGAAGAGCAACAUAAUGAAGAAGUCAAAGAUAGAAUUUCUUAAGUGCCGUGAGGUAAAAAACAUUGCAGCAAUGAAUAAAAACUCUAUCCAGAGACCUACCAGUUCAUCAAGCAUGAUGAAGAGUGGAAGUAUGUCUGGAAUUGGUUCAACUUCAAAAGAUCCCAAAUCUUCAAAGAGGUUAUUUUAG